AGUCUUUUCUUCCUCAGAUCCUCCUCCUCUCCAGGACUAUGUUUAUCCAUGACCAUGCUCCCCUCAGCUGCUUGCCUCCUGCCCCUCCUGCUGGUGACAGGCAUAGGGAGUUCUGUGCCCAGCCCCCAGGCACUGCCCCAGGGGUGCUACAUAGCAGAAGAAGCCGGUGAACAGACCUUCCGCUGCAGCCAGGCAGGCCUGAGUGCCUUGCCCUCUGGCAUCCCCAACGACACCCGCAAGCUCUACUUGGAUGCCAACCAGCUGGAAUCAGUGCCAGCUGGUGCCUUCCAGCACCUGCCUGUCCUGGAAGAGUUGGACCUGUCUCAUAACCUCCUUGUCCGCCUCUCUGGGGCUGCUUUCCAGGGCCUGGAGGACACUCUGCGCCACCUUGACCUCUCUGCCAACCAGCUAGCAUCUGUACCAAUGGCGGCCUUUGUAGGGCUGCAGAUCCAAGUGAACCUGUCUGCCAACCCAUGGCGCUGUGACUGUGCCCUCCAGGAAGUGCUCAGACAGGUGAGGCUGGCUCCAGGCACUGGGACAGGCAUUGUGUGUGGCCCCGGAGCCCGGCCAGACCUUGUGGGGCAAGAGUUCCUUCUUCUGGCCAGGGAGGAAGAGCUGUGUGGGACAGGGUGGGGUGGGACCCGAAGGAACACUGAUGUGGCCCUGCUAGUCACCAUGGGGGGCUGGCUGACACUGGUGGCGGCUUAUCUGAUCCACUACGUGUGGCAGAACCAAGACAAGACCCGUCCCCCCCUCAAGCAGGCCCCAGUGCAGCUCAUGCACUCAGAGGACUCCUCCAACCUCAGCACAGUGGUCUAAUGACCAGUCCACUCUGCACUACUGGCCCUAUGUCUUAGCCUUUCCUCUGCUGCCUUA